GAAUACGUGUCGACGAAAUUUCAAAAUUAAAUUUGUACACAAAUCUGUCACAAUUCGGACCAACUUUAGCCUCAGAUUAACAGAUAUUUAGAUCUCUUUGGAACACUAAAAGUCAUUCACUUGGGGUUUUUUAAUAUGCUGAUUCAGGCCUAUUCAUAAUACUAGAUAUUUGCAAAUGAGUGCGCAGACCAUCGUCUACCAGUGAUGCAUCAGAGAUCGUCCAGUGCAGAAGAUUAGAAUCAAACUGUGAUGUUAGAACGGCUGGCAGCAUGGGUUCUCAAUACAUACCUGGGAGAGUAUGUGGAGAAUCUCAACACGGAUCAGCUCUCUAUUGGUCUUCUCACUGGUGCAGUUGAGUUGGAGAAUCUUCCAUUGAGAAAAGAUGCCUUGAGAGAAUUGGACCUUCCUGUAGAAGUCAAAGCUGGUUUCAUUGGUAAGAUCUGUCUUCAGAUCCCGGUCAGACAUCUCAAGACAGAACCAUGGGUGAUAUCUAUAGAGAACCUGUACCUGGUAGCUGGUCCUGCAUUGAGGACUAAGUAUGACGAGAAGGAGGAAGAACAGGAACAGGAGAGAAAGCAGCAGCAGCUGGAUGCUAUGGAGUCACAAUGGAAGAGAAAGAUAGAAGCAUCUGGCCCUAACGAGGAUUCAUCCUGGUAUGCAUACUCUACUAAUAUCUUCUACAAUGUCCUGGAAAAUCUUCAAUUGAAGAUUAAAGAUGUCCAUAUCCGAUAUGAAGAUUCUACCAUUCUUCCUGGCAUGUCCCUUGCCUUUGGGAUCACAAUCAAGAGCAUCUCUGCAGUCAGUACUGAUGAGAACUAUUCGCCAAGGCAGACAGGUGGGGAGAAAGCCACCGGCGGUAUGAAGUUCAAGCUUGUUGGUCUGGAGAACUUUGCUGUCUAUUGGGAUACAGACUCGGCCCAUGUCUCUGAUUUUGAUCUCACAGAUCUGAAGGAUGCGUUGAUGAGUGAAAAAUGCCGCACAACUAAUAACCUGAUCAAGGAACAUGACUACAUCAUAGAACCUGUGAGUGCCGAAGCCAGACUGCAGCGGAAUGGUUCGGCCCUGCCUCUACGAUCCCGCACCACGCCACGCUUCGUCUGUGACCUGACGUUGCAGAAGAUUCCGUUAUCGCUGUCUGAGAAUCAGUAUAGAGGUAUCACAGUCAUAAUGAAGGAGUUUGAACGGAAUGAGAAAGCAAGGCAUUACAGGAAAUGGAGACCUGAGGCAUGGCCUGAUGACAAGGAGGGUAUUAGGAGUAGGUGGCAGUUUGCCAUUGACAGUAUCCUGCAUAGCAUCAAAGAUCGGAGUAAGAGAAGAUCACCCAAGUUUAUAUCAGAACGAAUUGGUUUGAUCAGACAGUACAUGAGUGUCUAUACUAACUUCCUUGAGGAAAAGGUUGACCCUGCAUCAUUCAAGACUGUGAUGACACAAUUUGAAAAAGAUUUGUCUUUUGAAGAGAUCAGGAUUAUAAGGAACCUGGUCUAUGGGCAACUGGAAAAGAGGAUACGUAAUGGAGAGGAGAUCUUCAAGAAGCCUGAGGAAGUUCAACAAGGUGGUAUCAUGCAGCGGUGGGUCUGGGGAUGGGGCGGCUGGAGCUCACAGAAGAGCUCUGAGGGUAUGGAGAGUAGCGUAGAUGACAUGUCCUCUGGACUCGGUAGCAGACGGUCCCCCUCUCCUCCUCCGCUCAUUGAUGUUGAAGAGGAACAAGAACUGCUGGACGUUCUUGGUGAUCCAUCAGCUGAUAACAACCUCCUCCGCAGGGACCAUGUUUUCGCACUCCUCAACUUCAAGCUCCAGGGGGGCUCUAUCAAACUCUGUACCAACAGUCACCAUGGCAACAGAACGCCUCCAUCCUCCGCAUCAUCUACAACUUCAAUACCCCCAUCUUCGCCUGUGGAUCCAGGGACCAGCCCACCGGACGAUCCAGGGGAAAAGGAGACCAUCAUCGAAUUGGAGUUUGCCAGUGUCAAGAUGAGUUUUGAGUGGAGGCUUCGGACCAGCUCCUUCCUCUUCACUGCAAAGUUGGGGGCGCUCUUUAUCCAUGAUGUCAUGACUAAGGGCUCGCUGUUUCCAAACUUGGUAGCGCCACAGCAAAAGAGGGAGGAUCCAACGUUAGCACCAAGACAGUCUCAUUCUUUGCUGCUCUCACGUUCAGCGUCCUCCAGUUUCUCCUACCUAUCACCUUCAUCCUCUGGUACGAGCAUCAAGCAACCUUCAUCAGACCUACCGGUCUUUGAGAUGUCCUAUGAAUCUAAUCCACCUCAUUCAAAUGCAGAUUGCAGGCUUGAAAUCAUCAGCAGACCCCUUGACAUCGUUUACAACCCGACAGCAAUAGAAAGGGUGUCCAACUUCUUUAACAAGACUGAGGACCCUGGUAAUAAGGGCCUCAGUUCAAGGUCCUCUGAACUCCAACUGACGAGAUCUGCUCGGAUUAGGUACCAGGAGAUUAAACUGCAAACCAAACAGGAAUUAAUUGACACCGUCGACUCGCUGCUGGAAGGAGAGAAGCAGACUGAAAUCAAAAGAUGGGAUGUACACUUUGACAUCUCAGCUCCUCUUAUCAUCAUACCUGAUAACUUCCAUAACAAAGACGCAACAUUGGUUGUUCUUGACUUGGGUAGACUUCAGCUGUUGAGUAUAACAGCCAAGGGACGUCACAAGAAGAAGAGUGAGAGUGAACAACCAUCAUCCCCUGGAGAUGAAGGUGAUCUAGAUGAUGAUUUCCUCACCCCUCUAUCCACUCCACCACAAGAAUCCACGGAUACUGUCACAACUGAUACUAAAGUAGAUUCUAUGACUGCGUCAAGCUCAGGGAUUGAUAUAGCUGAUUUUGGUAGUAGCGCCCUUACUGCUGAAGCUUUCAGGGACAAGAUGUACGACAGAUACACACUGGACAUGUCAGAUCUUCAGAUUCUUGUAGCGAAAGGCUCAGAAAACUGGCGUACAGCCCACUCCAGAGGGCUCUGUCCGUUCCAGGUCUUGGAUAAGUUCUCUAUUUCGGUGAAAGUUGAGCGUCGUUUGACAUCCACAGCAGAUCCUCAAUGGCCUAGCAUGACACUGUCAGGAAACCUACCAAGUCUAUCUAUUCAUAUUAAUGAAAAGAAAAUUCAAGCAUUGAAUAAAUGCAUGAAGAUCAUGUCUGGAUCCAACAACCAUUCAGGGGUUUCCCCUGCUGGGUAUUCCCCUCCAAUCAUCACAACUGCCACCACCACUGCUGCUGAGCAUCCAGCACCUCAGGGCAGAACACAUCUUACCAGUCAAUCAGAUCUUGAGGCUACCAUACAUGCCAAAACGCAAGCCAUUCUGGAAGAAUCCAAGCUACUUGAGAUGCAAUUCUCAGUUGACAAGGUGUCUUUAGCCAUCCACAGUCGAGGUCGUUGUAUAUCGGAGUUCCAGGUCUCACAAGUUAGGGCAGACCUCGUCAAACGUUCCUUUGAUUCAUCUAUAUCUCUGAGUGUUCAUAGUCUAUUAGUCAUCGAUGCCCUCCAGCAGUUUGGACCUGACUUUGAGCUUCUUCUUGCCUCACAUAGAGACCUCAGUAUGCAUGCCCCAAGCGGAAGCAUUGUUGACAGCGAAGCCUCUACUCCUAGAUCCCUUCAAUCUCCCACAUCACCUCGUUCACCAGCCUCCCCCGCAGAGAAGAUGAUGGAAACAACCUCACAUGCUGAACUGGCUUCUGCCAUUUAUAGAAAAAUGGGGGUCCAAAGCAAAGGGGGUAAUCAGUCUACCUCCUCAUCCAUCCCGCCUCCUGCUGUAUCUCCCAUCGAGCCUGUCGUCACCGAUAGUGAAGCUCUCAUCUCUGUGGAAUUACAAUUCAUUAGUCCUGAAUCACCAUCACGUGCCAAACGGAAUGGUUCCUCAAAGGUCUUCAUCAUCCAUUUCAAUACCUUGGAUGUCAUAGCCAAUCAAGAGACGAUAGUUGAAUUACUGUCGUUCUUCCAGCGAGCCUUCCCAGAAGAUGAGAGUAAACCAAAGCAGCCUCCUUCUGAUCCAUCCAGCUUCACCAACUCAUUAUUAAGAGAAGCUAGCAUCAUAGAGCCAUCAAACAACCAGACUGGAACCAUGACAGAUAUCGCAGCAGACUUCCGUUGCCUGAACAUUGUCUUAGUCAGGGGCAUCACGGGUAAUAAGGUCAAAGGUCAGAAGGUCGCUACAGCCACUGUGAGGGAAGCUCAUAUACAAGCAGCUCUGGGUGAGGAGAUGAGUGUAGAAGGGUUUCUUGGAGGUCUCCAGCUCCUAGACUUAACUCCAGAGGGCAGCAGACACCAGAAGGUAUUCAGUGUUGGACAAGACCCAUCGACUAUUGACCAGAGCUCUGCUGAUAUCUCUUCGCUACUGAAACCCAGUGACCAGACGGAAUCUACUGUUGAUUCCUCAUCAACGUUCACCCCAGUCAAAGUGGAAGAAACCAAGGGUGACAAGGACAACCUGAAGGCUCUUACCUUCAAUUUCAGGAAACAAAGACAAACAGCCACGUCUCUUGGGUCUUCCAUCAAGAUACAAGUUGGUGAGGAGGAUACCGACGAACAGAUGAACCUGUCACUUCAUCUCGCAUCCCUCUGUUACAUCCAUGUUCCUCGGUUCCUACAUGAGGUCACUCUGUGCAUGGAUGAGUUUCAGAGCUCAAUCGCCAACCUUGCCAACUCCAUUCAGAAGGCAGCGAGUGAUGCAGCAAGGGAGUUGAUCCAGUCAAAGAUGCCCGACCUUGUGACGUCCUUCUCCCCGAGUAUGUUCAACACAAUGAUGGAAUCACCAGGACAGAGAGCAGAUAAAUUUGGUAAUUCAUUUGUGGACAUGACUGAUUCGCAUAUUGGUGCUAAAUCAAAUUCUAGUAUGAACUUUGAUAUUAUCAUGGAGACUCCUGUCAUCAUCAUCCCAAGGACAGCAUCUAGCUCUGAGCUCCUUGUUGGCCAUCUAGGUAAGAUCAGCUUGACCAACAACGAGUCCUCAGAGAUCAGUUGCGACAUGGACAUUGAGAGUGCUUCAGGACUGGACAUGUCUCCUGAUAUGACCCGCUUUUUCCUGAGGAUUCAGAAUGUGAAUCUUUUUUCUUUCAACCAUGAUGAUACAAACUUGCCAUUGGAUCAGAGUGUAACUAGUGUCACUUCUGACAUUAUGAGUAUUGCAUCCAGACCUUACUCAGGGACACCUAUUCUUCAUAACACUUCUCUUGAAGUAAUUGUUAAUCAGAUUCCAGAAGGAUCUGGUCCGCCAGUUAUGGAUAACAGCAUGGCAUUCCCGGACAUUGAGGAUAAUGAAUCACUUCUUGAUCAACACUCGUCCACCUUGCAAGUUGUAGGUAAAGUGGUCACCCCUCUGAAGGUUAUCCUAUCCAAGCAGAUCUAUGAACAAAUCUUACAAACACUGGAUAACCUGACCUAUCAGGAACCGACAAAGGUACCCUCCACCCCUGUUAGCUUAGAGAACACCAAGGACAGAAAAUCAGGAAUCUUCAAUGUCAAGGAACUAGAGCCUCUAGGCAUACAAUCUAAGACACCGGGACAUCAUAAAGUUACUGAAAGUACUCCCAUACAACCUGCUGGAAGUAAAAUAAUGAGGAUUUGUGCAAACUUUGCCAUGCCAGACCUCUGUAUUCAAAUGCGAGGUGACCUGAGUGAAGGCGAUCAAGGAAUUGUCAAUGUGUGCUUUUCAGACUUCAGGGUUGAUUACGAGAAAUCUUGUCCAGCUUCGACAUCAAUAACCAUCCUUCUGCAGUCUCUGGUUAUUGAGGACCUCUUACAGAGUCCUGACUCUAAGCAUCGGCAACUGGUCGCAUCUCGUGGGGGUGCCAGUCGCUCAAGUAGCGGCCCCUUGGCCAAAAUGGUCCACUCCACAUCUUGUCCAUCUGUGACGGCCAUGCCGGCCGUGUCGCCCAUCAGACCCAGCUCUGUGCCUUCGGAGCUGAACAACCCUGAUCAGUAUUAUGCUCCUCAAUACAGUCGGCAGACAAGCAGUAGCAGCAGGGGUAUGUACCCUUCUACGCCACCUCCCUCUCUCAACAUCUCUCUGGAAGACAUCAACGUGUCGGAGGAAUCCGUUCCCACCAGUGAUGCCUUGGUACAGAUCAGAGUUCUCUUGGUGGACAAGAAGAGUUCAGAAUUUGCUACCAAGUACAAGAAGACCAACCAGUUUGUUGAUGUGGAGUUCAACCAACUUGAUAUCACCAUCAACCAACAGACGUGGGUGGUUCUCCUUGAUUUCUUGGGUAUAGGAAGCUCACUACCCAAGGACAACAUCCCACAGCAGACAUCGACUAGAACCAGUACCACACAUAGACAGUCAUCUGAAAUACAACCACAACCAACUCAACAAACAAUUGCAGAAGAGCCAGAUGGUAACAACAUGGAAAUGCAGGUUCACAUGGCUUCUCUUUCUCUCAUCCUCAACAAACCCGAGUAUGAGCUCGCAAAGGCCAGCGUGUCAGAGGUCAACGCUCACAUGACCAACUUGGAGGGGAACCUUGAUGUCAAAGGUCAUAUGGGGAGCAUGUCCGUACUAGACUUGACCCCGCAUGGAAGGCUGUAUAGGGAGAGGUUCACCACAAAAGGGGAAGAGGCUCUCAGCUUCCAUAUAUUCAAGUAUGGAAAGCCUGACAAGGAAUCGCUAAGAGAGUUUGAUAUGAGUAUAAAGCUGAGGAUGUCAACGGUCCGGUAUGUCCACACCAACAGAUUCCAGUCUGAAGUAGUAGCCUUUGCACAGCAAUUUAACCAACUUCAAGAAGUCCUUAGCACAAUGAGGGCUGCAGCUGCUGGGCAUCAGGUAUUUGUGGAACCGACCCGUUCCGCUCGCAUCAUGCUUGAUGUCCAGGCCGGCUCUCCUGUCAUGCUAGCUCCUGUCAGCUCCCAGUCCAAAGAUCUGCUUGUCAUCAAUCUUGGCAACCUGACUCUGCACAACCAGUUCUUACUGUCUGGGACACCUGGAACCAUCACCCACAAGACAUGUCCUCCUAGACCUAGUCCUGAGGACUCCAAGGCCUCUGAAGGACCUUCCAAACCUGCCAGAGAAACACCCAGGAAGGUGGCAACUGGUACAGCCCACGGUCUGAAGCUCGAGGACAGUCCUGGACUGGGACUAGGAACCGCACCUGGUGUCUUGACAAGAACUGCUCCAUCAAAGCCAAUUCAUGGACCGCAAUAUCAAUCAACUCCAAAGCAUUCUCCAAGAGUAUCCGAAGAGGUGACGGAGGUUGAUGGUAGCAGGAAGGAGGAGAAUAUGAGGUGUCUCCUGGACUGUAUUCACAUAGAUCUUGAAGACAUGGAUCUCUAUUCUGCAGAGAGGGUCUCACCAACUGACUUUGAUGUUUCUGAUGGAACGGCUUUGAUCUUCCCAUCUUUCAUUGUUCAAAGGAAGGGUGGGAAGCUGUUGAAGCAGACUUGCUUACUGAAGCUACAGGUGGAUAGGAAUCUUGAUAUUGAUAUCAGGAGGACAGUUCCUGACAUGGAGAUAGAUGGUCUCCUAUCCUCGGUCCACUGCUGCCUAGACCUGUCCCAGUACCAGCUCAUCCGAGGGUUCUUAGACCACAAUCUUGGUGAGCCUCUGGAGGAGUUCCAACCGAUGCCACGCCCUGCCAACCCAGAAUCCCAGACAGUCCUCAGCGGACAGAUCUGCACCAACAUCUCCAUGCAUAUCAACCUAGUCAAUGUCACCCUCGAACUACUCCUCCAGCAUGCGUCUGACCCCAUCAUUGGUCUCCGUGGUAGCGAGCCUGAGGAGGCGGUGCCUGAGAGGUCGUUGGGUCAGUUCAACUUCAUGGAGUCCAAGUUCUCCUUUGUGAGCCAAUCGAAUGGGUCCAGGAUGGUGGACUUGGUCUCUCAUGCUAUCAGGGCUUAUGAUACGAGAUGGAAAGGUGAUACAAGUAAGAAGAGAAGCAACGUCUUUGAAGAGAUCUUGACCCCUACCAGGCAUCACAGUCGUAACCCCAACCCUCUUCAGUUAGAGCUUCACUACGCAUCUCAGGGUGACAAUACCAGAGCAACUGCUCUACUCAACAAUAUGAGGGUUGUGUGUGUCUUUGACCUUCUUCUAGCUGUCAAAGAUUUCUUACUGGCCUACGAUUCACAGGCGAUCCAAGGAGCAGAUGGAGCGAGUGCAAGGGCAUCGUCAGAGACCUCGACAUCCCUGGAUCCAUCUACAGAAUCAUCUAACGUAACAACGGUUGAUAAGAGUUCAAGAUCACCAGUCAGUAUUGGAGCAGGCAUACUCACCAAGAGGGUACCUCAUAGAGAACAGGUUGAGAAAAACUCAGACUUCAAGGUGAAUGUGACUGAGACAGAGUUUGUGAUCUUGGAAGACACAUCAUCCAGUGAUUCUAAUGCUGUAAUACUUAAAUCUACCUGUGCCGUACUGACCCACAAGCCCGUCUCAAAGGAGAACCCCUUUUCAUGCGGACUAGAGGGAUUAGAGAUAUUCUCCUGCCGUAUGAGCAGUGAGGAGGACACUGCUCUCUCCAUCGUUGAUCCUAGCACCAUCAACGUUGAGUUGAAAGGAACGUCAUCUCAUGUUCAUAGCGGACAGCAGCUUGGAGGACUUCUUGACAUCAUGGAUGCACACGCUAUACUGGAGGUUCACAUACAAGCUUUGAACAUCCGAGUGUCCUACCACGAUGCUCAGCUGUUCCUCAGCAUCAUGAAUUCACUACCAUCUCAGAUGAUCAAGAAACAACACUCAGAGGAAGAGGAGGAAGAGGUUGAAGCUGUAGAUAACAAGAGGAAUGAGGCAGAAGAAAAGACGCAAUCAAAGUCUAAGGUUAAGAGACAAAUUUCAAAGUUGAAGGAGCUUGGUUUCCAUUCUAAAGACUGUCGGAAGGCCCUUGAGAAGAGUAAUUACAGAUUAGACCUUGCUGCAGGAUGGCUUCUAGAGAAUGCCAAGCCGAUUCCUUCAUCAAGUCCUGCUCAUAGUCCAAGGGAUGCGCAUCAUGAAGAAGGGAACAGUGCUAAGAUGGAGAUUGCAGGGAUUGAGGUACGAGCUGGUUCCCUGGCCAUUACUCUCAUUGACGACUGCGGUAACAUUGAUAUCCCUCUGAUAGAGAUCUCUUGUCAGAAUCUCAACUUCUUCCAGAAGCUUCUCCCCAGCGCCCAAGGCCAGGCAUCCUGCGUACUCUCAGCUGAUUAUUAUCAUAGGAGUCUAUCAGGAUGGGAACCUUGCUUAGAACCUUGGAAGUGCAAUGUUGAAUGGAUCCAGCAAGCUGCAAGCCAGAUGUAUGGAGAAAAGCUUUUUAUUCAAAUGAAAGUUAAUGACAGGCUGGAUCUAAAUGUGACGAGUGCACUCAUUGAUCUCUAUAGCAAUACCAAGAAGAGCUGGACAGAAGACUACUACAGCAAAGGAGGAGCUACUGGAAGUGGAAGGACAAGAUCACCAUUUGUUCCCUUUGCGAUCAAGAACGAGUCAGGUUGUAAACUCUCAUUUGCAACCGUCACAACUACUCCUAAUAAGGUUGUAUCAUCACCCGAAGAGAAGCUGAAUACAGAAAGGACCUUCAGCACAUGGAAGGAUGUCCAGUCAGGUCAGGAGAUACCAUUUAUGUUUGAAGAAAAGGGAAAAGCAAGGCAUAGGAACACCCAUGAAUUGAGAGUUCACCAGUUGGUAGUGAAGGUGGAUGGUUGGGAACAGCUAACACCGGUAUCUGUGGAUAAGGUUGGAGUAUUCUUCAGACAUGCCAAGCCACAUCAUAACCAACUCUCCAUCAUCUUCUCGGACCAGCAACCAGCCAGGGUUGUUUUUCAUGUGAGCUUAGAGGGCGGUGCACGUAAACUAAUCACAGUCCGAUCUGCAUUGAUGGUUGUUAGUCGUCUCAGUGUACCCCUUGAACUGAAACUAGUCAAUCCACAAUCUUCUACCAAUAAUCCCCAAUAUCUGAAGCCCCUUGAGCCUAACCAGCUAGUAGCCAUCCCAUUACCCUGCGUAUCCUGGGAUAUCUAUCUCAGACCAAAGGGAUGGGCCGUCUCGUACUGUGAUAAACCGUUACUAUGGCGACAGGUCCAGUAUCCUGGCGACUCCAAGAGCUUCCCCAUGGAGUGCAGGACAGACAGCGGGGAUUCCGGUAUCUUCAGGUUCUGUCUGUUCGUGAAGCAUGAAGCUUUCCCAUCAAAGGGCGCCCUCGGCCGACGAUCCCAGACCAAGAAGACAGAGACUCUAGCAGCUCAGCCCGGUCAUACCUUGACCAUCUUACCUCCGAUGGUACUGACCAAUCUACUACCAAUGGAACUUAACUUCUUAGUGGUCAGAUCCAAGGUUCAGGGAUGUAUCCGACCUGGAAUGGAUGAACCUAUCUAUACAGCUGACCUUGACCAUGCACAAGACAUCAAGUUCUUCACAGAGUCUUUCAGGGAAUGCACCCAACCCCUCACCAUACCAGCCAAGCAUAACAGUGAUGGGUGUGCUUAUAUAGAGCUCAGAGAUUCACACCCGAAGAGGAGAAGCUUACAGCUCGCUGUCAGGGUGGAGUGUGUUGCUGGUAGAGCACUCAAGGUGUAUGUCUCAGCAUCCUACUGGCUGAUCAAUAAAUCUGGUUUGCCUCUUGUAUUCCGUGAGGAGGGAGCAGACUUUGACGCAGCGGGUCAGUACGAUGAGCAUGAGAGAGCUAGGAGUGUGGCCCCUCUUAUGUUCUCAUACAAGGAACCUGGAAAAAUGGAUAACAUGUGUGUGAUGCGUCUUGGUCAGAGUAUCAUAGGACUAGAAGGCAGACCUAACUGGUGUCAUCGUAUGUCACUAGAGGGCGGUACAGGAGUACGAUCUCUAAGGAUCUUUCAAGAUGGAGGCAGGCCUCACAUAGUGUACAACAUAGGUAUCGAUGUUCGGCCUGGUAAAGGACGCUACCUUGAAACCAAGAUUGUGACCUUUGUACCUCGGUUUCAGCUUGAGAAUCAAUCCUCCCAUCACCUUGCCUUCGCCCAAAGACAUCUCACUACAGGCCUGGGACCUAAGAAUCCCAAGAAUCACCUUGCCAUAACCCCAGGGUCAAAGGUUAUAUUUCACUGGCCUCGUGAUGACCUUGACAAGUUACUGUGCAUUCGUAUGCAUGACCUUGAGGGCUGCCGAUGGUCGGGUGGAAUACGUAUAGACCAGCCAGGGUCUCUGAACAUCAAUAUGAGGAGUCAAAACAACCAGACUAACAUCAUCCAUGUUGAGAUACGUCUAAGAGGAGCUACAUUCUAUGUCAUCUUCACAGACACUACAGACCUACCACCACCAUACAGGAUAGAUAACAUGUCACAGGUUGACAUUAUCUACUACCAACGGGGAGUGACAGAUCCAACCCUUCGGACCAUGCUGAGACCUAAGAUGUCAGUUCCCUAUGCAUGGGAUGAGCCGAUUCUUCACCCUCAUAUGGUGUGUGAGGUGAAGGGAGGAUCCAGUAGUGUUUAUAAUCUAGACAAGCUUGAAGAAGGGAACCACCUGUAUUAUGAGAACUUCAUCUACAUUGCUAUGGACUCCACAUUCGAAGGAGCACCAAGUACAGGUUCAUUUGGAGAGUCUUCAUCUAAUAAGAAUUUCUGGUCAUCUGCUCAGCUUGUCUUUGAUGUCCCUCAUGCUGACUCACCUGUUGUCCUCAGGAAGAAGGAGCCUGGUAAAAGGAGUCAGUUAUGGAGGAUGACAUCGACUGGUCUACUUCAGAACGAAGCCUUUACUCCCCCCAGGGAUCCUAGUCAGAGGAGAGGUAGCUUGACCAGUAAUGGUCUGGUUCUUGACAUCAUCAGUGGACAGUUUGCAUCACAAGAUGAGAUGAUAUUGAAGCUAAGAAAACCAGACAAGACGAGGCAAAAUACCCAGACCUGGUAUUUUGGAAAGGAUGGACGUCUGAGAUGUCAAGAUAAGAAUUAUGUCGUCCAGCCAAAGUUUGGUCUUCUUAGCCUCAAGGAAGGGAGUGAGCUCAUCCUUGUUCCUGGUGGUAGAUUGGACGUGUCUCAAGAAGAGAUUCCUUUAGAACAGGUCAUCACCCGACAGAAGAACCUUCCAGGAUCCGGCAACCUCAGUGUCAAGGUCAUGGCCGAUGGACCAACGAGAGUCCUCUAUAUCAGCGAUAACAUUCAGCAGUCUGUUCCCAAGAAACCACCCAUUGUCAUCCCGGGUUCCUCGGUCGAGGAGUUUGAGAUGGUAGAUGUCAAGGCUCGGAUGUCAAAGGUCACAACGGAGAGUCAGAAUCAAGAAGGGUCCAGUUCUAGAAAGGGAAAAGAACUAGAGAUUGCCUUGUGGCUGAAGGAAGGUGUUGGUGUCUCUCUGGUCAACAGAGUUCCUGAGGAGUUGACUUAUAUCACCCUGACUGGCAUUGAUGUCCACUACUUACAGACAAGCAAGGAAGUUGAUCUUAAUGCUAGCGUCUGUAAAGUUCAGAUUGACAACCAGCUUGCUCAAGCUCAGAAGCCAGUCAUGUUGUUUGCCUCAGAUAAAGAAGGUCGUGCAGCUCUCAGCCUUGUAGCUACUAAGCAAAUCGGGGGUUCCCCAACUGUAGAAAUAUACAAGAGAUUGGUCCUGACAGUUAGUAAGAUGACACUGAAUGUAGAGGAGCUACUUCUUCUCAAGUUACUACAAAUGAGUGAAAUCUCUCAACCAGAUAUCACCACGGAAACCACGGAUGAGACACAUUAUGAAACCAUCAGUCCGCGAGACAAUAACCAACCAAUGAAACGCUACUUCUUCGAGACCCUCAAGAUCCACGCCACAGACUUCCGUCUCAGCAUGUACACCUCUAUCAAGAUUCCUAAAGAUCUUAAUAAACUCAAGACUGGAAUGAGACUAUUCUUGAUCCAGUUUGAAGAAGCUCCCGUAUCUCUCGAUCCGUUUACAAGGCUACAUCCGUUCGAGACCCAAGAGUUUCUCUUGGACUCUAUCGUCAAACACUACACAGAGGAGCUCAAGAGUCAAGCAGUGAAGAUCCUAGGUUCUGUAGACUUCUUAGGGAACCCUAUCGGUCUGCUCCAAGAUUUCAAGGAUGGUCUAAAGGAAUUGGUUCUAGAAGGCAGUGUGACUGGGCUUGUCAAGAAUGUGACUCAUGGCAUGUCAAAUACAGCUGCAAAGGUGACUGGAACGAUAUCUGACGGAAUCGGCACAGCAACUUUUGACAACCGACAUCAGGAGAUGAGGAAUGUGAUUCGAGAGACGCACGAUGGAACCAGCUCUGGUCACCUGUCUGCCGGGGUCAAAGGUUUUGCGUUUGGAGUGGUUGGGGGAUUGACAAGCAUGUUCACACAGACAUACAAAGGUGCUUCAGAAGAUGGUGUAGAGGGUCUGAUGAAGGGAAUAGGGCGAGGCAUUAUGGGUACGGUGACCAAGCCUGCGGCCGGUCUGUUUGAUCUAGCCUCCGGUACCAUGGCUGCUAUCCGUAGCUCCACCACCAAUGAGAGCCAUCUGAUGCCCCCUAGGGUCAGGCCACCUCGAUGCUGUAGGAGUCCCUCAGGGGUGCUCGCUAGGUACUCUUUGCAUGACUCAAGGGGAAUGGAGUUUGUCAGUGUGCUUUGUGAAGGCACAAGUGGUGAGAGGUACUUCAUGAUGGAGGAGCUACGUAACCACCCAUCAGAUGGUAUGCAGGUCCUCAUCACCAGUGAAUGUACCUAUUUCUUGUCCCUCAUAAACCUUCAAGAACCUGUACUUACAGUGUUCCAUUCCGAACUCUUCCAUGCCAAGCACAUACUACAAGCUGGAAAGCAUUACAUAGAGCUAACCAAGGUGGCCAAUACAGAGGCUGGUGUGUCAGCUCCUAGUCUAGAUCUCAAAGAAAGACCUAAGGUUGGAUGUGACAACGAACGCAUAGCUAAGAAGGUAUCUCAACAGAUAAACUAUGCUAAGAGCUGCUAUGAGGAACUCAAGCAACAGGUUGUCAUCAAGAGUGAUGAUGCGUUCCUCAAACUUCAUCUACCAUCAUCUAAUGAUGAUUAGAGUGAUUAUGGAAUGCUGAAAGCUUCCUCAACCUUCAUCUACCAUCUUCUAAUGACGAUUAGAGUGAUUAUGGAAUG